AUGACUUUCGGUCCGUCAACGCGGACUGCCAUGUCAGAGUAUAUCCGCUCUGCAUCUGCAAUGCUUGAACCAGAGGCCCGACAGUCUUUAGGUGGCGCCGGCGCAACUAGGCCAGGGCAAAGGAGGACGAUAACCUCCCGGUUCAAUUUUGAUACAUACAAGUUAGUCAGACAAUUAGAGCGUCAAGGGUUUACACGUGGACAGGCUGUUGCUAUCAUGAAGAGCAUCAAUGCCGUUCUAGUGGAUAGCACACUUUCCAUAAGAUCUGGCAUCCUAUCGAAGACCGAUCUGGAGAACCAAACAUACCUGUAUAAAGCUCAUCUGCAAGAGCUCCGCAACGAACUGCAGCUUCUUCGCCAGAACGACUCGGCGCAACUCAAAUCAGACACGGAACAGAUAUUGAGGGACACAGAAACAAUGAACGCCAAGUUUUCUGAACUUGUGGGAAAUCUCAAAUCGGAUGUAUCCAUGGACCUGAACAACCACAAAACAGAUGGGCGGGAGAUUGGGACGGAUACGGAUCUGAGCAUUCAAGAGAUUCACCAUAAGCUCAUAGUCAAAAUUAGUGAUCUGAAAACGAAGAUCGAAACUAUGAAAGUGGAGACGACGCGGUUCAUUGUUUGGAUAGGACUAUGCACAUUCGCGAUUCUGAUGUCCGUAGAUUGGAUAUCACCCACGAUUGCUUCCGCCGCAGGAAAGUCGCCCGAGCAGCCUCCACCACAACAGCAACCUCCACCGCCGAUCAUCUCGGCCUUCCCACACCCUCUUAGAGCGGCCCCACAGUCGCAGCAACAGCAGCUCCCACAGCAGCCAGCACAACCCUCUCCGCAGCAGGCUGUGCCAAGUCCCCAACAGCAGCAGCAACAACCUUUGACGAGCGCGACUUCCUCGACACAAACGGGGACACAGGAUCCAUAUGCAAAUCCCCAACCACAACAGGGGAAUGUAAAUGAAGGGGUCAUGUCUUUUUAG